UUUUCAUCGAUAGCGCGUGCCCCUGCUGCACGGACCGCGGGCUCUCUGUUCCGUAUUCGCGUAGUGAUUUUUUUGUUUGUGUUUACACCGUGGAUUUGAUCGCUGACAACACCCGGACGGCCUCAAGAUGAUGAAGUUCAAGCAACAGGGGCUGGUCGCCGACUUGAUGCCCAAUAUAAGGCUGAUGAAAGCCACCGGGCACUUUCUAUUCAAUUAUUACGAUGACAAUUCCACGAAGUUCGUGCAUAAGAUCUUCGCCAUCAUGCACUUGGUGAUGGUCCUCAUGCAAUUUGGAUUCUGCGGUAUAAAUCUGAUGAUGGAGAGCGACGACGUGGACGAGCUGACGGCGAACACGAUCACGAUGCUGUUCUUCACGCACAGCCUGGUGAAGUUGAUUUAUUUCGCGGUCAGGAGCAAACUGUUUUACAGAACAUUCGGUAUAUGGAACAACCCUAACAGCCACCCGUUGUUCGCCGAGAGCAACGCCCGGUUUCAUCAGCUGGCCGUGAAGAAGAUGAGAAUAUUGUUGUUGGCCGUGAUGGGGGCCACGAUCCUCACCUCGAUCUCCUGGACCACCCUCACGUUCAUCGGUGACUCCGUGAAAAAGGUCACCGAUCCCGUCACCAACGAGACCAGCUUCGUCGAGAUACCAAGGUUACUGGUGCGCUCUUGGUACCCGUUCGACCCGAGCCACGGAAUGGCGCACAUCUUGGUGCUUAUAUUCCAAUUCUACUGGCUGCUGUUCUGCAUGGCGGACGCGAAUCUCUUCGACGUGCUGUUCUGCUCGUGGCUGCUGUUCGCCUGCGAGCAAAUCCAGCAUCUGAAGAACAUCAUGAAGGCUCUGAUGGAGUUCAGCGCGACCCUGGACACCGUUGUGCCAAACAGCGGCGAUCUGUUCAAGGCUGGCAGUGGGGAGCAUAUCAAGGACCAGCAUGAGCCACCACCGCCUCUCACGCCGCCCCAAGGCGGAGGAGAGAACAUGUUGGACAUGGAUCUUCGUGGGAUAUACAGCAACAGGCAAGAUUUCACCGCCACGUUCCGACCCACAGCUGGAAUGACGUUCAACGGGGGUGUGGGGCCAAACGGACUGACGAAGAAACAGGAAAUGCUGGUUAGAAGCGCCAUCAAGUACUGGGUUGAGAGGCACAAACACAUCGUCAGAUUGGUUACUUCGAUCGGAGAUGCUUACGGUGUUGCUUUGCUGCUACACAUGUUGGCCACUACUAUUACGUUAACUUUACUGGCUUAUCAGGCAACCAAGGUUAACGCGGUUGACACCUACGCAGCAUCGGUAAUUGGUUACUUGGUGUACUCUCUUGGCCAAGUUUUCAUGCUCUGCAUAUUUGGAAACCGUCUAAUUGAAGAGAGCUCGUCGGUGAUGGAGGCUGCCUAUUCUUGCCAUUGGUACGAUGGGUCAGAAGAGGCCAAAACGUUCGUCCAAAUUGUCUGUCAACAGUGUCAGAAGGCGAUGUCGAUUUCGGGAGCGAAGUUUUUCACCGUGUCCUUGGAUCUUUUUGCUUCGGUGUUGGGAGCCAUGGUCACCUACUUCAUGGUGUUGGUGCAACUGAAGUGAACACUCAAUACCAGUUACUUCAGGAAUGAAUGGGAUACCUGGAAUGUUCGUGUUCGCGAGCUCCUAACUGUCAAAAUACGAACUUCUCGUAUUUCGUGCCUUGCAACCAAUUUGUCAGAGGAUUGGCAAGGAUUCGAGUUGUGUUCUGUGUGUUGCGGAUCGCGAGUUAACGUCGACCCUUGUUUUCAAAUAAUUUCAAACGCUAGAAA